AUGCAGCAUUCAUCCAAUGGUUUUGUUGAAUUUGAUGAGAACUACCAUGUGUUCUUCACUGAUAAAAAAUCAGAGAAUCCUUUUAUCCCUAAAAGUAUAUAUGCUAAUGAAGAGGAGAUAAAUGAAGUAACUGAAAAUGCUGGUGACAUGAAUAUGCUGAACUCUGAAAUGAGUGUAACAGAAACAGAAGGAAACCAGACGGAAGUUGAAAAACCUAAAGCAAGUCUAAAACGUAAGAGAGGACAGAAAGCCCGUAAGAAGGAAGAUGAAACUAUUAACCUGGAGUCUUCAGAUGAGGAAGAAUCCUUGUUAGUUGUGAGGAAAAGAGUUCAGAAAUCAGUGCCUAAAGUCAUUGGCAAAGCCUCGAGGAAACAAAAACUUACUACAUUGAACAAGAAGAGAUUUACUUGUAACAUUUGUAACAAAUAUUGUUAUACAUAUCAGAAUUACAACCAUCACAUCAGUUUGCAUUCUAAGAAAGACUAUAAGAAAUGCAUUAAGUGCUCAAAAGUAUUCCGAAGCAAGGAAAAGUUGAACAACCAUAUCGCAAAUGAUCAUUCUUCAUCAAAACUUACAGAUACUUUAAAAACUAUGCUGGAAAAACGUAAAAAAGGCGAAAGCUACACUGACAGCUUACCAAUGUCAGAGAAAUUUAGACGUACCAUCAAAAAAGCAAACGUUUCCGAAAUUGACUUAACUUAUUCAACCGCAAACAUAAAGCUUGUUGAAAACGGACUGUCCGUUCAGAAAUUUAUAGAGAAUUUUACUCCGGAAUUAGAGACUAAACCAGACCCACCCUCUGUGGAACAUUCAAUAACUGUCAAAGUUGUUACUGGUGUCACAAAAGAACCAUCAAUUAAAAUGACUAAGUAUGAAACGAAACCGGUUGCUACAGGGUUCAAACUAGCCAUGCCAGUGAAGUUCAAAGCUAGUAUCGUGGAUAAAACUCCUGCUAGCAUCAGAUUGGUACAACCUGUGUCUUUGUACGAAGACAGUCCGAGCCCGGACCAUACCUACAAUGAUGAUGAUGAUAUGGAGAGAAAUGACUCAAUACCAGAAGUCGCAGAGGAGGUUAUGCUCGAAGGAACAGAAGAAACACCGAGACAGACUAACAUACCUCACAAAAUUGUCAUUCCUAAACUACCUACUGAAUACAAAGACUUGAGAAUCGCUCACUUACUCCCGGAAGCACCUUUCUACAAAAUAGUUAAAGUUAAUGAUGUCUUAAAUAUAGCGGAGACUGAAAAAGUUGACCCAACUGAACGUCCAAGCAAACUGAGAACAAUAAAGUUACCGGACGGUACGAAAUUGGUGAAUACAAAUCCGUUGGCUCAUUUAUUGGGGAAUGCCAGUCUAGAUAAAGUAUUGGAGCCUAUGAAAAAUAAAUAUUAUAAGGCAAAGACUAAGAAUUUUCAAGGUAUGUUGGCGGAAGCACUUAGUAAUCUGGAUAAACCAGCUCCUAAGAGGAAGAAGAAGGUGGAUCUGGCUUUAUCAGAAGUGAGCAGUCAAUUUGAAGAUUGA